CAAGGCCUGUCACUUCCCCUCCACCAGCUUCCUCUGGGGCCCUGCAGAUGAUGUAUUUCACUUGUCAAAUCUCCAUCCAGCUCUGCUCUGUGCCUGUCACGCGCUCUUUGACGUACGAGGCAAAUACUUCCUCACGCUGGGCCAGGAAGUUUCCGCAUCCCUGGCACGUGCCACUGCAGGACACUCAUCCCUGCAGUCAUGCUUCCAGCUGGCCACGAAGAUGCUGAGAUGCACAGGUCCAGCCAAGGAGGAGCUCUCCAACAGAGGAGAGUGGUUUGCAGGGAGGAGGAGCCGGGGCUGCCGCUCUGCAGGAAGGUUUGCUACGCUGUUGGGGGCAUUCCCUACCAGAUGACAGGCAAUGCCCUUGGUUUUUUCCUCCAAAUCUUCCUGCUGGAUGUUGUGCAGCUGGAGCCACUCCAUGCCUCUUUGAUCAUCUUCCUUGGAAGAGCCUGGGAUGCAGUAACUGACCCAGCUAUUGGCUUCCUGGUCAGCAAGAGCCCGAGGACAAAGUACGGCAAGCUGGUCCCAUGGAUCGCAUGCUCCAUGCCCUUCGGGGUGCUCUGCUACUGCAUGAUGUGGUCCACCCCCCCGGAUGCCACCCCCGCCGCCCUGAAAUUCCUGUGGUACCUGUUCAUGUACAGCUCCUUCCAGACCUGCAUGACUUGCCACCACGUGCCGUACUCUUCCCUCACAAUGUUCCUGGGAGGAACCCAGGGAGACCGUGACUCAGCCACUGCCCACAGAAUGGGGAUGGAGGUGAUCAGCACACUGCUCGGGUCAGGAAUCCAGGGGCACAUUGUGGGCAGUUACCAUGCCCGCAUGAACGGCUGUUCCGUGUCAAAUGAGACUGUGUCCAACACCAGCGCCUCCGGCCUCACCGGCUCUCUGGACAACACGCGUCGGGCCUAUUUAUUUGCAUCCCUGGUCCUGGGCUCAAUCUAUUGCCUGUCCUGCCUGGUCCUCAUCUUUGGAGUCAAGGAGCAGCCGGGGCCCCUCAGCCCCCUGGGGAAGGUUGAGCUGCCCUUUGCCAGCUGCCUGCGGGUGAUGGUGGGACACAAGCCCUACACCCAGCUGCUGUGCGCCUUCCUCUUUGCAUCCCUGGCUUUCCAGAUCACACAGGGCAUCUUUGCCUUCUUCUGUACCCAUGCUGCGGGGCUGGCUGGGAAGUUCCAGCACUUAGUGCUUAUCAUGUUGGUCACUGCUUCCCUCUCUAUUCCCUUCUGGCAGUGGUUUUUGGGGAGAUUUGGAAAGAAAACAGCAGCAUCACUGGGGCUGGCGCUCAUCAUCCCAGCCCUGGUAGCUGUCACCCAAGUGAUGCACAACUUCCUGGCCUUCAUCUUCCCGGUGAUGGUGGCAGGCUGCAGCAUGGCUGUGCUCUACCUUUUGCCGUGGUCCAUGCUGCCGGAUGCGGUGGAUGAUUUCAUGCUGAGGAACCCCGGCUGCCUGAACCUGGAGGCUCUCUUCUACUCCUUUUAUGUCUUCUUCAACAAGUUUGCAGGGGGCCUUGCCGUGGGGAUAGCCACACUGAGCUUACAUUUUGCAGGUUACCACGCUGGAGACUGCACCUCCAACCCCUCUGUGGUCCUCACCCUGCAGCUCCUCAUGGCCCCAGUCCCAAUAAGCCUGCUGCUCAUUGCCAUCAUCAUCUUCUGCCUUCAUCCCAUCGAUGAGGAGAGGAGGAAGGAGAUGAGAAUGGAGAUGGAGGCAAUGGGACACCAGGUACCAGAAGAACAGCCCCUGGCUGGACGCGGGUGAGCUCACCCGGACGGACGCGCAUCGGCUGCGCUCUCAGGAUGUGCUGCUCUGGGGGAAAGUCAUCGCUUCCUGUUGUUUCCUGUUCCCUGUCCCAAAGGCCCGGUUCGCAUCCUGACCCCCUUCCUGUCCCCGCUGGACAGGGACAGGCAGCUCCGACACCUCUUUCUCCAGGGCUUGGCCUCGCUGGUCUUUUGGCAGGUCCCGACAGACCUGGGCAAGGCAGAUCCACGCUCUCCUCCUGGGACAGGCUGCAGUGGCAGGGAGGAAGGGCACUGGGGUGCAGAGGUGUCACUUCACCUUGUGGGAAAGCACACACAAAGGACACGGGGAUUGUUUUCAAGAGGAAACUCUUUCUGACGGGGUUUUAGGGAAAAUACAGCCAAGAUACUGCAUGUC